AGACGGUCAGCCCUGAAAUCACCCUCCCUUUCCGAUAUAAUUUUCUCGAACCUCCCCUGCUCUUUCUGCAGGUGUCUGUUCGAUGGACUCCCCGAUUUACUUCCUGUAGCGACUCCGCGUUGUGUUCAAGUGUCCGUAUCCCGGCCCCUUCGUUGUCGUGCCGCUCCGACCUCCGCUCCCCACAUGUCUCGCGCUCCGGCUGUAUUCAUCGACGACGACGACUCACGGUCUUCCUCCAUCGCCCCCGGCUUCCCCCAUAACGCGCAGUCGCAUUCGCUCGUUGUCGCCUCUAGUCGCGUCGCUAGCUCCCUGCUCGCAGGAUGGCGACGGCAAUCUCCAAGCCCAAUUCGCACCCCCCUAAGAUGAAACGACCUCCCCCGCCUUUUGUUCAGACCGGAAUGAACGGUGUCAAGUCCCAACAAUCCUCAACCUCCCCCUCUUCUACAACAAAGCACCUCCCAGGAUCUGCAACACCGGCUGCUGCAGGCUCCACGAACGCACCGAUGGCGAACGGCGCCAAUGGCACAGCCCAUACGGGCGCACCGUCUAACAAAGGCCCCCAGAACCGGACGAAGAAAGAGGCGCAAAAGGCCGGCGAGCAGGCCGGGCGGCUACAGAAGCCAUUUUCAAGGGCCUCAUCAAUCGACGGUGAUCGUCGAGCCGGAAAACGGUGUCCAGAGCCCUUCGUCAAAACCACGUCAUAUAUCCUCAAGAAGUUCUCCAAGCACCCUCCCUCCCUGAUUCUCCACCUUCAUCCGACCCACUUCCGCUUUGAGCAGCAAGAUGGGAGCUUUCCUUACAAUUCGGAGAUGAAGGUCAUCAUCGAACAUAUCCGCUCUCAAACCGUUCCUCAUGACAUGAUGGAGGAGCUGUUACGGGCCAAUCAGACUCGGAAGUCAAGCGUGCCGUCAUCGAAUGACAACAACACCCCCUUCUCUAUACACAAUUACAAUGAGCACGUCACACCAUCUGCCUAUGUGCCUUAUCCGAAGCUGAAUCAAUUAACUUCGGAGAAGCCUUCCGCAAAGGAGGCGGCUUCGGAAAGCCAGCAGGAUGUCAAGAUGGGCAGUGAGCAGCCCGGCAACUCGGACUCGCAAGCUUCGCAGAAGGAUUCGAAACUCAACCAGUCGAAACAACCUUCGAAACCUCGAGUGUUUACCACUGUUUUACAUCCUACACCCCGUUCGCUUCAAGCCGAGCUGACUCUUCUCGCUACUACACCUGAUCCAAAGACGGCCAAGCAGACGGCAACCAGCUCGACAUCCCGACCGCAGGGAUCUUCUUCUACAGCGCCGUCUUCCCCCGGGCCGGGGGCGGCCGCCAAUUCACAGCAAGAUCGUGCCCCUCCAGCGAAGAAACAGAAGAUGCUGGUGGAACCCCAGGAUCUCUUAGAGUGUGAAGCCAGGCUGACGAGAGCAUUGGCCCCCCCUCUCUACCUUGAGUCCGUCAGUAGUCUUGAUGCAGUUCAUGAUCUGUUGAAGCACAUGGAAAGCCCGCUUCAUUCCGAUCCACCACCGUCACCCAAGCGUAGGAAGCGGACUGUGGCCGAACUUGCCGCUGAUGAAGCUCUCGCAGCGGAGGAAGAGCGUUUCAUGCUCAUCAUGGAUGAGCGUCUGGAACCAGCCACCUCAAAUGGCGCCAGUGGGCCAAAAUCAGCUGUUAUCGAUGACACCGGUGGUGGCGCGCCGUUUGAGCCACGCUUCUCAAGAUUUAAGACGCUUGAGAACAUCCGUAUGCAACACGAAGAGAAGGCGAAGCGAGACCAUGAGAUCAAGGUCAAGCAAGAGAUGGCCAAGCGACAGCAACAGGAGCAAGAGAGAGAGCGACGUCGUCUUGCUGAACAGCGACAAGCCGAGGAGCAUGCCAAGGAAGAAGCUCGAAGACAACAGCUCGCGGCGCAGCAAGCUCAGGCACAAUUGGCAGCGCAGCAACAAACUCGACAUGCCAUGGCUCAACCAAAUGGUGUCAGUCAAGCGCCACAGUCAUCGCCUGUGGUCCGCAACCAGACACCACAACACAUAUCAUCACCGGUCGUUGGCAGCACAAGGACAACGCAAGCCGGGGUUCCUAUGAGUAUGACGUCUUCUAUGCAGGGUGCUGGAAGCCCUUCGAGACCACCGUCGGUGAUACAGCACGCGCACCCCGCCAUGAGCCAUCCAAUGGCAGCUUCAAGAAGUCAACAAGGGCAGAGCCGACACGGAACACCACAGAUGACCCAGGGCACUCCUGCCAUGUCUCAUGCUACGCCUAUCAUGCGAAAUGUAACACCGACGCAGAGGAUGAGCCAUGCCAGUCCGAGCCAUUCGACCAUGGCACCUACCCCAGUUCUGAAUCAGGCUACCAUGAUGGCGACCCCUCAAAUGAGUAACGGGAUGGGCCUCACAACCCAGCAGCAGCAACAGUUGCUUAUGCAGCAGAGGAAUCAACUUCUUGCCCAACAGGGUAUGCUUCACGGCCAGUUCUCGCCGAAGGUUACCCAGAUGCAAGCGAAUGCGCAUGCACAGCAGAAUAUCCAAGCCCACCAACAGCAACAGCAGCAGAUGCAAAUGCACUUCCAGCAGCAGCAACAGCCACAACAGCAGCAACAGCAGCAAGCCAAGUUCCCCAAUCCGCAAGCCUACCAAGCCCAGUUGAUGCGUGCACAGCUCGCGCAGAUGCAAUUGGCUCAGCAACAGCAACAACAGUCACAAGGGCAACAAGCGCAAGGGCAACAGGGCCAAAUGCAUCAGAACGGGCCGCAACUGAACCCUCAACAACAGCAAAUGCUGAUGGCCGCGGCCCAGGCGAAUGGAGGCCACCUACCACAGAAUAUGCAAGGCGUGAACAUGACGCAGGGUGUCACCAUUGCCCAGCGAUACAAUCAACUAUACCAGCAGCGCUUGCUGCGGUUGAGACAAGAAAUGGCCAGCCGACUGAUGCCCCAGUAUGGUCCGCCCGCCUCGUAUCCUCCGCAAAUCGCACAACAGUAUCAAGCUGGGCUUGAACGCAAUGCCAAACUCUGGGUCCAAGAAUUGAUGCGUCGGGAGCGGGAGCAAGCUCAACAGCAACGUGCUUCUCAGGUGGCUGCCGUGCAAGCUCAAGACAUAGGGUUUGUUCCCUUUGUGACUCUUGAGGUUGAGAAGUUUCUGGCGGCGUUCGAUCAGGUACAAACGCAGGGCCUCAAAAGUCAGUCUGAGAUUCCCCUGGCGCUUCAUUAG